AAAGCAAUAUUGAUAAACAGAUUGAUGACAGUCAAAGCAAACAAAUCAAUAACAGUCAAAGCAAAAAUACUGAUGCCAGCCAAAGCAAUAUUGAUAAACAAAUAGAUGACAAUCAAAGCAAUAUUGAUAGACAACCUGACAACAGCCAAAUCAAUACUAAUAAACAGCAAAUCAAUGGCAAUCAAAGCAAAAUUAAUAGACAACCUGAUAAUAGCCAAAACAAAAAUACUGAUGCCAGUCAAAGUAAUAUUGAUAAACAAACAGAUGACAAUCCAAGCAAUAUUGAUAGACAACCUGAUAAUAGCCAAAGCAAACAAAUUGAUGACAGCCAAAGCAAGAAAACUGAUGCUGGUCAAAGCAAUAUUGAUAAACAAACAGAUGAUAAUCAAAGCAAUAUUGUUAAACCUGAUAACAGCCAAAUCAAUACUAAUAAACAACAAAUCAAUGGCAAUCAAAGCAAUAUUAAUAGACAACCUAAUAAUAGCCAAAGCAAAAAUACUGAUGCCAGCAAAAGUAAUAUUGAUAAACAAACAGAUGAUAAUCAAAGCAAUAUUGAUAAACAAUCUGAUAAUGGCCAAAGCAAACAAAUUGAUAACAGCCAAAGCAAAAAAACUGAUGCUGGUCAAAGCAAUAUUGAUAAACAAACAGAUGACUUAGAAAGCAGUAUUUAUAAACA